AGUCCAACCUUAAACUGUUGCUCUCAAUCUCACUGUAGCUUUGGACUUCAAAUUUGCGAUACUUUUUGUUUUCUGCUUUCUGUUGUUGAAUUACUUUUUGUUUUCUUUCUGUCGUUGAACAUCCAUUAAAAAGAGAACAUGUUGCCACAUCAGUUCGCGGAAGAUUUCUCAGACUCAUUCAAUAUGGAUUGGGAAGAGGAUGACAUGUUUGAAGAAGUUUACAGAUGCUACCCUGUCUCCUUCAUCGAAAAGUCAAAUUUGGAGAAUGGUGGUAAAAUUAUCAUGCCCCCUUCAGCCCUACAUAGUCUUGUAUCUUUGGACAUGGAGUAUCCUGUGUUAUUUGAACUGACAAAUCCUUCUGCUGAAAGAGUUACCAACUGUGGAGUCCAAGAAUUCACCGCUGAUGAGGGGAACAUAUAUAUGCCAGAAUGGAUGAUGGAAAAUAUGCGCCUAGAAGUGGGAAACUAUGUGUCUCUGAGAAGCACCAGCCUUCCAAGUGGAACAUAUGUGAAGCUGCAGCCUCACACCAAGGACUUUUUGGAUCUCUCCGAUCCAAAAUCCAUCUUAGAGUAUUCACUGAGGAGCUACUCGUGUUUAACAACUGGUGACACUAUAAUGAUCGCUUAUAACAACAAGAAGUAUUACAUUGAUAUAGUUGAAACCAAACCCUCUCCUGCAAUCAGCAUAAUUGAAACGGACUGUGAAGUUGAUUUUGCUCAACCUCUUGAUUAUAAAGAACCCGAGAAAGAGUUGUCACCUCCUUUGCCUGACAAUGGACCUAAUGAAGUUCAAGAUAAUUCAGAAACAAAGACUGCAGGGAUCAUUCCAUUCACUGGUUCUGCAAGACGUUUGGAUGGCAAACCCUCAACACAAUCAGCUGAAGAAUCCCCCUUUUCAAUGCUAAAGCAGCAACCGACUGAAAAUGAAACCAAGAAUUCCAAUUCUAAACCAUCUCGAACUUCCGGAAAGCUUGUGUUUGGGACAAAUGCACCAAAAAUUCAGACACCCCCAAAGGCUUCUCUGGAAAGCACACCUCAAGAGUCAUCUUCUGAAGAAAAGCCAAAAUUUGAAGCUUUCACGGGAAAGAAGUAUUCAUUAAAAGAUUGAUCUUCCUUAGGCUACGUUAUAGGUAGCUUGGUUUAGUCAACUAGAGCAUCGUCGAGAUGUCAAUCAUUCAUAUUCAUAUUUAUGAACUAUUUUUUGAUUCACUUUGCCUGUUUCAAACUCUAUUAUAUAUAAUAUAUAUCAUUAAUCGUAAGCUUCCA